AUGCGCGUUUCCGCCCCCACUGUUGCUCUUGCCAUUGCGCAAACCUCUAUCGCCGCCUCUGUUCCUCAGAUCCAGGCUCGCCAGUCUGCAUNNGGCAACAACGAGCCUUACCCCGGUCGCCAGGGCAAGCUCAUCAACGCUGUCUGUGAUGGUCUCCCCAGCUGUGACUACGAGGACAUUCUCUUCUACAACCCCGUCGAGGCUCCCUACUGCGCUUCGAUUGAUGAGGGUGUUGCCAACGGCAUCGCUCAGCUCAACUCCUACGCCGCUCGCUGCCCCGACUCCAAGUUGGUCAUCAGCGGUUACUCCCAGGGCUCCCAGAUCGUCGGCGACAUCAUCGGCGGUGGCAGCGGUACUUUCUUCCAGGACUGCAUGACUAAGCCCUCUCCCAACCUUGACGUCAACUCUGAGCUCGGCAAGAAGAUUGUCGCUGUCACCACCUUCGGUAACACCAGACACACUGCCAACCAGCCCUACAACCAGCUGAGCGGUGCUCCCGACAACGGUCUCUUCCCUCGUCCUGCUUACCAGUUGGCCAACCUUGCCACCUGGACUGCCAAGUACCACGACUACUGCGUCGCCGAGGACCCCAUCUGCGCCGGUGGCAACGUUGUUGAGGACCACCUUAACUACUUCGACAUCUACAGCGACCUCGCUGCCUCCUGGAUCAAGCAGCAGAUCGCCUCUGCCGAUGUUGUUAUCUCCAGCACCAUUGUCUCUCCCAGCAGCACCUUCACCUCGGUCGCUACCACCGACAAGGUUGUCCCUACCACCUUCGCUUACAGCAACAACACCGCCACUGCUCCCGUCAUCACUGCUUCUGCUUCUCUCUCCUCGAUCCAGACUGGUGUUCUCGCUAUCCCCACUGUCGCACCCGAGUCUACCGUCACCGUCACCGUCAACUGUGCUUCCGUUGACACCUCUGCCAUCGCCUCUUACACCUCUGUCUGGGCCUCGACUGCUGUUGUCUCUCAGAGCGUUGCUGCUUCCGCCACUGCUGGCUCUGGCUCUGGCGCUGGCUCUGGCUCUGGCUCUGGCUCUGCCACCACCGGCUCCGCUGGAUCCAAGUCUUCCAGCGCUGCCAACGGCACCCACACCCUUAUGCCUUACACUGGUGCCGCAAGCUCCAUCUCUGGCGCCGUUUCCGGCUCUCUUGCCGUUGUCCUCUUGGGCGCUUUCGCUCUGGUCCUCUAA